UGUUUAAAUGUCUAUGGUGUAAACUGCGAAAACCAUUUUAGAAGCCUGCAAAAUAUGUGAAUAAACUCGUUAUUUCCGCCAAAAGUUUACGUGUUUUAAAACAAGCAUUGACUAUUUAUCACGUUCGAUCGAUACAGCGUAUGAAACAUGAACUGAAUUUCAUUGUUCAAGUAUUAUUUAAGCGAUUAGAGUUAAGUUGUCGAUAUGGAAUUUGCACAGCCCCCUCCCAAUUUGAGCAUGCCGCCUCCAGGCAUGCCCCCUCCGAAUGUGGGGGUACCACCUCCAGUAAUGGGGGGAUCAGGGGGUUACAAUAAUAAUAGGCCUCCAUUCAGGCCGUUUAUGAAUGUUUCAAGGCCUUUGCCAGGGGCUCUAAACAAUAUGACUUUGGAGGAUUUUGAUGGUAAACGGUUGAGGAAGUCGGUUAUGAGGAAAACCGUUGAUUAUAAUUCUGCUAUUAUUGAGGAGUUGGAGAACCGCGUGUGGCAGAGGGACUUUCGGGAUCGGCGGGCCCUACAGCCGGACGCCAUGUACUAUCCGGACAUGAUGCCGCCCCCUAGUUACCCCGACAACCCCAUUAACUGCGUCACCACGCGAUUCGUCAAAACGGCCACCAAUAAGAUGCGUUGCCCGAUUUUUUGCAUGGCGUGGACGCCGGAAGGGCGCCGUUUGGUGACGGGAGCCAGCAGCGGGGAGUUCACGCUGUGGAACGGGCUGACGUUCAAUUUCGAGACCAUUUUGCAGGCCCAUGACAGUCCCGUUAGAACGAUGGUUUGGAGCCACAACGACAGUUGGAUGGUUACUGGCGACCACGCUGGCUACGUCAAGUACUGGCAGUCGAACAUGAACAACGUGAAGAUGUUCCAGGCGCAUAAAGAGGCCCUCCGCGGCAUAAGCUUCAGCCCGUCCGACAACAAGUUUGUAACAUGUUCCGAUGACGGUACACUUAGAAUUUGGGACUUUUUCCGUUACCAAGAGGAAAGGAUACUCAGAGGUCACGGCGCGGACGUAAAAUGCGUGCACUGGCACCCGCAAAAGUCCCUCAUAAUCUCAGGCAGCAAAGACAACCAGCAGCCAAUCAAACUGUGGGACCCCAAAACCGGCCAAUCCCUGGCCACGCUGCAUGCGCACAAGUCCACCGUGAUGGAUUUAAAGUGGAACGACAACGGUAACUGGCUGAUAACCGCGUCGAGAGAUCAUUUAUUGAAGCUAUUCGACCUGAGGAAUUUGAGUCAGGAGGUUCAGACGUUCAGGGGGCACAAAAAAGAGGCGUCCAGUGUAGCCUGGCACCCCACGCAUGAAGGUUUGUUCAGCAGCGGCGGUUCAGACGGCGCCAUCAUGUUUUGGCACGUGGGGGCGGAUAAGGAGGUGGGGGCAAUAGAGCAGGCCCACGACAGCAUUGUGUGGACUUUGGCGUGGCAUCCCUUGGGUCACAUACUUUGCUCGGGUUCCAACGACCACACGAGCAAAUUCUGGACGAGGAACAGACCCGGCGACCAGAUGAGGGACAAAUACAACCUCAACACCCUGCCGGCUGGUAUUGCCGGCUUGGAAGACAUGGAUUUGGACAACUACGUAGGGGACGAGCCGGCUUCCAUUAUACCGGGCAUGGGUCCGGAAGAUAAGGUGGACAUAACCUCGAUUAUCUCUGACGGUAAUGCCACCAUUCCCGGUUUGGAUUUGGACCCGUCUGCCAUUAACAACGACGAUAAACCGAAAGCGAAAAAAGUACCGUUCAGCAAGCCUAUACCGAGGAAUUUCCAGGCCCAAUGGAACGAGACAGAUGAUCCUGGCAGUAUAAACGAAGUUAUUACGCAGCUGGUGGAGAAUACGCCGGGUGUUGUGCCUUUGCAGAAAAUCGCCCCUAAUGCUAUUAUUAUUUACGGGAAGUUGAUACCUGUUGAAGCCGGCUCGAAGCUGGAGCAGGCGAUCUCCGAGGGGCCGGACGCCCUGCAAAAGUACAUCGACUCGGGCGAGAUCGAGGAGCUGCACGACGUGAUGCCGAUCAGGGACGACGACGAGGAGGACUACCUCAGGGACCCGCUCGACGACGACGACGCCGACCACGUGUCUGGCCUGGUGACGGGCAUCCACGGCGGCCAAGCGCACUUCGAGCCGCCCCCGGGCGCCGAGGCGCUCAAGGCGCAGCCCGACAAGGACAUGCGCUACCACGCCGGCAAGGACAGCGACAUGCGCGCCAAAAGCAAGCCCGACUUCGACUUCAGGCCCCCGCCGCAAGACGAGGACUUCCGGGGCAGUGGUCGCGAUUUCGACAUGAGGAACAUGAACGAAAGGGGGGACGACGAUUACAGCUACGGCCGCGGCGGCGGGGGCGACAAGGACUUCCGGAAAUCGCGCUACGAGGACGAAGACUACGACGACGACUACUACGAUUACCAACGCAACGGAAACAGCUCGUUCGGCAGCAACCAGGGCAACGGCGGCGGCGGCUUCAACAACUCGAGCGGCGGCUUCGGCCAGGGCAACGGUUUCAGCAGGGAGGGGAACAGCGGCGGCUACAGCCAGAGAAAUAACUAUCGCAGCAACAGCAGCAGGGACAACAACCAGCAGAGCGAUUGGAGCAACUCGAGCGGCGGCGGCGGCAACAGGGGGCGGUCGGGAGACAGCAGGGGCGGGAGUCGGGGCAGGGGCGGCAACAGGGGCGGGUCCAGAGGGGGCGGCAGGGGAAAUGCCAGGGGGCAGAGGGGCGGGAACAGGGGAGGCGGCGGCAACAGGGGGCAGCAGCAGAAUCGCGGCAGAUUUUCCAUGUAA